AAGUCGACCACCAGGUAACGUUCCUCUCCGUCUUGAAGCACCUGGACGCGCGUGUGUUUUGGAGCGCAGCUGCUGUGCGGCCCUCACGUGUGACCGAGACUUGGAGCUUUGAUGCGCGAACUGGGGUGCGCACUACCUAAGCACAGCCACUGGAAACUGGAUUUGUACGCAUUCCUUCACGCUUCUCUCAGUGUCAACACAUCUGUGGAAGACCCCUUGACUCUGGAGUAUGAAGGAUGUCUGAGGUGGACGGGAUGACACGACAGUAACUCUUAAACUCAGACAGGACAAUCAUUCUGGUUUGAGGUUUUCCAUCCGUGGCAUCCUCUUUCUUGUUGGCCGUGUAAACAGUGAAAAUGCCUUGGCCGUUUUCCGAGUCCAUCAAGAAACAAGCCUGCAGGUACCUCCUGCACAGGUACCUGGGCAACUUUCUGCAGGAGAAACUGAGCUUGGAUCAGCUCAGUUUAGACCUCUACCAAGGAACUGGAUCUCUGGCACAGGUGCCACUGGACAAAUGGUCCCUGAACGAGCUGCUAGAAACCGCAGAUGCCCCUUUUGAAGUGACCGCAGGCUUUAUCCAGACAAUCUCUCUAACGGUUCCGUGGGCUACGCUGCUGCAGGAAAACUGUGCCUUAGAGGUCAGAGGGUUGAAGAUGGUGUUCAGGCCAAGACCAAGAGUUGCAUCUGGCGUGGAGCCCAUGUGCUGGUCCAGCUUCAUGACCAGCAGCAUGCAACUGGCCAAAGAAUGUCUGAGCCAAAAAUUGACCGACGACAUGGGAGAGAGCUUUCAGCCGUUUGAGGGAUUAGAAAAGUUUGCAGAAACGAUAGAGACAGUACUGAGGCGAGUAAGAGUUACUUUUCUGGACACAGUUUUUCGAUUUGAACACACUCCUGAGAACUCUAAAACCGGCAUCGCUCUCGAGAUAUGCAUCAGCAAGAUUGUUUACUGUGAUGAAACCGGAGAGGAAUGUUCAAAUGUUAACGUUCAUCAGCCAACCACCUUCGCACACAAGAACCUACAAAUGGAAGGAAUCAACGUCACAUGGGACGAGUUCUCGGACACUUCUCAAGCUGCUUGUAAAUCGUCACCAACAUCGACUGAGCCGGAACUUAAACUUUCCCCAAGCUGGAAUCCCAAAAUCAUUUGCGAACCUCAUCCCCAGUUCACAGAGCCAGUCUGGAACACUACACCCUUUCAACCCGUGCAAGUCGGGAGUCUAGACGGAAGAAUAGAGCUUUCUCUCACCCUGAAGAACAACUCUGUGAUGCCAGGAGCAAAGCUGGACGUUGUCGGGCACAUAGACACUUUGAGUGUCCUGAUGUCUCCACGACAAGUUCAUCUGCUGCUGGACUUGUGUGCUGCUUACUCUGGUGGAGGUGCUCACGAUGUGUCGCGCGACAGGAAGAGUCGACCCAUGCAGCAGGAAGACGAGUAUCGACUACAGAUGGAACUGAACCGCUGUCUGAGGAAGGACACGGCUGCUGUUGGUCCCGACCCUGACGCCUACGAGAGCCACACUACCAGAACCAUCUCUAGUCGAGAUGACGUCUUCUUCUCCAUGGCCGACAUGGACAUGUCCCACAGCCUGUCGUCUCUCCCUCCCCUUGGCGACCCACCAACCGUUGACCUGGACUUGUCCCUCAACAGCAACUACUCUGCCUCUCCAGGGGAAUCGCCGUCCGGAAACAAAGCGGCUGUGUGGGAGGACUACAUGGAUGCGCCUCGGCAGAACGGGAAACAGACUGUUGAGAUUCCCAGCCAGCCCCGGGAGUCGGUGCUCACUCACAAACUGUUCAAGCCGACACCUCACACAUCUAAAGCCCACGGGGAUGAGUCAAGGCCCGAGCUUGUUUUGAAGCUCACUCUAAGCUCCCUGGUGGUUUCGGUUCUCCACAUCGACCCACUGUCCCCUCCAGACGCCACCUCCAGUCCACUUGGGCCGAUGGCCGACCACUUCUUCAACAUGGUGGGCUCAGACCGGCUCUCUCCUGCUGCUUUCCUUCAGUCCAGGGCACUUUUUAACCAGGCCUGUCCGCACGACCACCUCAGGUUUGUGGGUCAGGGUCUUAAGGUUAACUACGAGCACUGCCAGGGUUCCAGCCUGCGGACGUUCACCACUGAUUUCUCGCUGAAUAAAAUGGAGCUGUUGGAGUGUCUGUUUCCAUCAGAGACGGUCAGCGGUGGAUCCCACAGAGGCAUCCAGUACACAGAGCUCCUGACCUUUGACCCCAUAGUCGGUGCCGAUGCUGCUCCAAGCUGCUGCCUCCACCUUCUGUACAAACAAGCCGAGCGCAGAGGCCCACAGGGGCCGCAGGCUCGUCUCAGCACCAUCCCCAGGAAAGCAGACAUUUUGAUGGAGCUCGGCCCGGUGCGCUCUGAGGUGGACAUCAGCAUCGUAGACCGGCUCAACUCUCUGUUGCAGCCUCAGAAGCUGGCCACGACGGAGAUGAUGGCCUCUCACAUGUACACGUCCUACAACAAACACAUCAGCCUGCACAAGGCUUUCUCUGAGGUGUUUCUGGAUGACACCCACACACCCUCCAACUGUCACGUAUCCCUGACCAUCAGCGCCCCCUUACUGGGUCUUGCCGUUCGCUUUCCCAUUCCCGAUCUCCGCUCUGACCAAGAGAGGGGUCCCUGGUUCAAAAAGUCCCUCCAGAAGGAGGUGCUGAUCUUAGAGGUGGAAGACCUGGAGCUGAAGACAGAGUUCACAGGGGGAAGCUCUCCGGCCCAGAGCAAGAUGGAACUCACGUUCCGUGGACUCACCGGGAAGUUCCAGGAGGAGCCGGAUCAGCCGGCCACGCAGUUCCUCCGAGUGUCCCACUGCAUGGACGGAGACAUGACCACCUCUGAGAGUGUCAAGUUUGAUUGGCCCCGCAUCGUGCUGAAGGUCAACCCCACCACGGUCCGCUCCAUCUUGGAGCGGGUCACCACCGAAGACGAUGACGGGGCUGAGGACCACUCUCUCGAGGAGGAAGAGGAGGAAGGGGCGUCGCACUCGCUGAAGGACGUCUGCGACUUUGGGAAACCCCAGCCGUCGCCCUUCUCCUCGCGCAGGGUCAUGUACGAGAACGAGGAGAUGGUCAUCCCCGGCGACGUGGCGGAGAUGACGGAGUUCCAGGAGAAAACCAUGAACAAUUCUCGAUACAUACUUGAGCUCUGCCUCCCAAACGUGCAGCUGGCUCUCCCCAGCAAGGCCUUCUAUGAGAAGCUGCACAACAGGAUAAACAACGACCUCCUGCUGUGGGAGCCCACUGCCCCGUCUCCCGUGGAGACCGUGGAAAGCAUGCCCUAUGGUGUGGGCCUAUCUGUGGCCAGUCAGCUGAUCCACACAUACUCCAAAGACAGCUUCAGCCAGUUCCGCACGACCGCUCCAGAAGAGGAGAGCAGCGGCUCUGAGGAGGAGAACCUGCACUACUUCUGCCCAGCUGCAGACCUGGGCUUCAGAUCUCACCGGAAGAAGAAGCCCAAGGUUCCCAGCAAGACUUCUCAGAGCCUGUUCUCCGUCAUCCUCACCGUCAACCACGGCCUGGUGGCGCUGCAGACCAACGCCAAGAGAGAGGAUAAAUCUGUGCUGAAGAACAAGCACGGUGAGUUCUGGCUGGAGGUGAAGAACUCGGUGCUGUUCAGUGUGGCUCAGUAUGAGGGACACAAAGACCAGCACUUCGUCUGCUUCCACACGGGCAGCGUCUGCAUGCAUCACCAAGGACUGGUGGACGGCGGGCCGUCUUCCGACAUCAAGUUGCCCUGCCGGACGCAUCCACACUGGCUGGAGCCGACCAUCUACCAGUCUGAGACGUCGCCGGAGAGGUCCUCCACUCCGUCUGAAGGCAUCGGGCUGGAAGCUCGGAGUAUGGUGUCGGUGGCUGUCAAGGUCUCGUCCCACAGUGCAGAGAGGAACGUCAAGGAAUUCUUGGUUGCCGUUGGAGUCAGAGGUGCAACAUUGCAGCACAGGAUGAGCCCCCCUAGUCUGGGCUGGUACGAUCAGAUUGUUGACUUUCUGAACGUCUCUGAUGAGCCGGUGCUGGGCUACGCGCCUCCAACAUCCGUCACCACGCUACACCUCCACCUGUGGAGCUGCUCCCUGGACUACAGGCCCAUUUACCUGCCACUCAGGUCUCUUCUGCUGGUGGAGACCUUCAGCAUCUCCAGCAGCGUCUCUCUGGACCACUCGUCCUCGACAUUCCGGGUCAUUUUAGACGAAGCUGCUCUGUUCCUGUCGGACAAGAACAAUGCUGUCUCCGUCAACCUGGCACGCGAUUAUGUCCAGGUGGUGGACAUGGGAACGCUGGAGCUCCGGAUCACAGCCGUCAAACCUGGACUCAACGAGAAACUGGCGGAACCCAGGUUUGAGCUCCGCUGCUCCAGCGACGUCAUCCACAUCCGGACCUGCUCGGACUCCUGCGCCGCCCUGAUGAACCUCAUCCAGUACAUGGCCAGCUACGGCGACCUGUUCCCUCCGGCUGAGCCGGAGCCCGACACCAAGCGUGGCGGUUCUGCUCAGCGGGCGAAGAUGGAGAGUCGGCGAGCGUCGCACACGCCGCUGCUCGCUGAGAUGGAGCAGCAGAUGUUGCAGGACCUGAUGAGUGAUGCGAUGGAGGAGAGCGACGGCCAGAGUGCUCCGAGGCUGCAGCAGAACGGCUCUCACCACCAGCAGAACCACGACCUGGACCCGCCACGCUCCGACCUCUUCCUGUUUCCGGACGAGAGCGGCAACUCCAACCAGGACUCCAGCCCGACGUACCCGGUGCUGCACUCUCCUCUCAUCACUCCCGCCGUCACCCUGGCGCAGGAGACGGACGACUUCUGCGUCCUGGAGCCACCCACGUCCAGUAAAGAGGACCGGGACCAGGAGCCGGUCGUCACGCGUCUGACCUCGGAGCCGGUGGAGAUCAAGUACGACCACUUCAGCCAGCCGCUGGACCGGAGCGACUCCAGCCGAGGCUCCAUGAACUUCCCCAUCCCGGACGUGCGCUACCUCAUCAAGGAGGUCUCUGUGGUGUGGCACCUCUACGGCGGGAAGGAUUUUGGGAACCCAAUGUUGACUCCCUCCCCCGCUCGGAGUCGAGGGUCCACCCCAUACAGCUCACCCUCUCAAACGCCUGUUCGACGUUCUUCCGGCCGAGCAGGAGGAGGGAGAGGGAGGAACCCUGACGUGCUGAUGGAGAUCCAGCUCAGCAAGGUAAAGUUCCAGCAUGAGGUCUACUCGGAGGUCCAGGGACCCACGGCGUCCACUGAGGACCAGCUGGCGUCCCGGCAGGUUUUCGUGGUGCAGGAUCUGGAGAUCCGAGACCGACUGGCCACCUCACAAAUGAACAAGUUCCUGUACCUGUACUCCAGCAAGGAGAUGCCCCGGAAAGCUCAUUCCAACAUGUUGACGGUGAAGGCGCUGCACAUGUGCCCAGAGUCGGGUCAGGCUCCCCAGGAGUGCUGCCUCCGGGUGUCGCUGAUGCCUCUGCGCCUCAACAUAGAUCAGGACGCCCUCUUCUUCCUCAAAGACUUCUUCUCCAGCCUCUCUUCAGACGUAGAGUUCUUCUCGGCGCCGACCCAAGAAGCCGUCCUCUCGUCUUCGAGGAACUCGUCCGCUCCAGAAAUCACCUGCAGCUUCACUAAACAAGCUGGGAGCGGCCAGAACCCGGCGCCCAUCAUCUCAGUACCGACCCAGAGGAGAAUGAGCCACAACGGCUUGGAGAGGUCGACGGAGGAGAGCGACGGAGAGCCUCCUGUGGCUUCCUUCACCGACCAGCCGGUGUUCUUCAGAGAGUUCCGUUUCAUCUCUGAGGUUCCGAUCCGGCUCGACUACCACGGGAAGCAUGUCGCAAUGGAACAGGGGACGUUUGCGGGCAUCAUCAUCGGGCUGACGCAGCUGAACUGUUCAGAGCUGAAGCUGAAGCAGUUGUGCUACAGACAAGGGCUGCUUGGUGUGGACAAGCUCUUCUCCUACGCCAUCGGCGAGUGGAUCAGUGACAUCAAGAAAAACCAGCUGCCGGGGCUCCUGGUUGGGGUGGGACCCAUCCACUCCCUGGUCCAGCUGGUUCAGGGUCUGAGGGACCUGGUCUGGCUCCCCAUCGAGCAGUACCGGAAGGACGGGCGGAUCGUGAGAGGAGUUCAGCGUGGCACCGCCUCCUUCGGGACCUCGACGGCCAUGGCGGCGCUGGAGCUCACCAACCGGAUGGUGCGGACCAUCCAGGCGGCGGCAGAGACGGCCUACGACAUGGUGUCCCCGGUGCCUGAGGAGCGAAACACCAAGAGAAUCAAACGCUACUCGCACUUUGGACAAGCUCACCAGCCGGUGGACCUGAGGGAGGGCGUGGCCAACGCCUACACGGUGGUCAAAGAGGGCAUUACGGACACGGCCAUGACCAUCUACGACGCUGCCACCCGGGAACAUGAGCAGCGCGGGAUCACGGGGGCGGUGGGCGGCGUUCUCCGCCAGCUGCCCCCUGUGGUGGUCAAGCCUCUUAUCAUGGCCACGGAGGCCACCUCCAACGUCCUGGGCGGCAUGAGGAACCAGAUCCACCCGGAGGCUCGGCAGGAGGAGUCGCAGAAGUGGAAGCAGGGCGAGGAGUGAGCAGGUCUAUCACCCCGGUUGUACAUAACCUCCUGGUAAAAACCUUUGUUCUGGUCGGCGUCUCCUCAACGUGCCUUCAUCCUCAUCGCUCUUGUUUAUGGAAGGGACACGCGCAGUAUGAAUGUAGCAGCGCCUCCUGGGGCGACCAUUUUUGCCAGUCUUACCGUCGGACACCAUGUGCUCAAGUGCACCACCGACCUGUGUCGUGUUCAUGUCGAAGACUUGUGACCACCUGCCUGUUUCGUCUUGCCGCCAACACCCGCACUGGUCAGUGGAUAUCAGCGUGGCUGUGGACCGGCCAUUAAACAGGUGGUUGUAUAGUCGCCGUACCGCGCGCUAGCAAGCACUUGGGUCAAGAUUUUAGCUGUAAAUCAAGGUCUGUGAGCGUGCGCUUUCAUUAUUUGAAUUCUCGUCGAGAAACUUUAAUUUAAACAGCCGGUUCUGACUCUGUAUCUAGCUCUGUAAAUAGUCCGGUCACAAAGGGAACUGAAAGGGAACUGUCCUGUAAUAAGCACUUUCACGUCACUUGAAGGAACCUUCCACAGCGGUUGAAACCAUUUUGAGAAAAUCAACUUCACCUGGCGGAUAUUCGGUAAUAACCGCUUUUAACUCGGUGUCCUAGCAUUUUCAGGAGUGUUUUUGUGUAGAGAGAAUCUUUGUGUAUAUAUACUUGUACAGCUGAAUUUGUAAUAAAAGCAUGAAGGUGAGUUGAAAUGUCAAGGGUGAAUCCAGGAACCAAAGAAGGAGCUGUGGAAAUAUCCUUGUUAUAAAUAGAAAAAUUUAUUUCAGCACCAGUAGUUUGAUAACAUAUUUCACCAUGUUUACUCACGUUCACACUCGGGACAUUUAUACACUCAAAACUUAAAACCUCUGGUUCGUAGUUGCCUUUUUUUUUUUUAAUGUAAGAAACU